GAGAGAGAGAGAGAAGACGGGAAGGAUGCCGAACGUGAUCGUGCUGAGCGACUCGGACGAGCCGGCGUCUCCCGUCGCCGACGAGCGCGACGGAGUCGGCCCGGAGCUCGGCGACAGGUAUCGUUCGGGCGCUCGCACGAGCGACUUGGAUCUCCCGGAGGUGCCGUUCUGCCGCGAGAUCGCGGCGAGCGCGAGUCCCGCCGAUGAUGGCCGCGGACUCUUGGCCGCCGAGGAGUCGUCCUCGGACUCGGGCGACAACCGGGUGGUCGCGGCGGCCUCGCGGAAGGCGGCGGCGGCACCCGGGAGGGACAGGGCGACGCUGGAGGCGGAGCGCGCGAGGCGCCGGCAUGCCCUGGCGCGGGAGAAGGCGUUGAAGGCGAUCGAGCGGAGGGCGGCGAGGGACACGAAGCCCGGCGAGUGCCUCAAGUUCAUGGAGGUUGUGCUCGAUCGGGGCAUCGACGCGGAGUCUCUGCGCGGGGAGAUCGAGAGCGCGCUGCGGAGUGCCGGCGUCAAGUUCGACGUGACCGCCGAGUCGAUUCCCGGCAGCGUCACGUGGCGGAGGAGCGUCGAGGAGGAGUACGUCGGCGAGGACAACGAGGUGCGCGCGAGGAGGAGCGUACGGACGGAGGAGCACGCUAUCGUGAUCUGGAGCAGCCGCGAGGCGGUGGGGCACGUGGCGGACGGCACCUUCGGCACGUCCGUCUCGAGCAUCAGGGACCUGAUACCGGGCUACAGCCUGACCCUGCUCGUCUGCGGCAUGGACGAGUAUUUCGCGCGUCGGAUGAAGCAGAGGGAUCGGAAUCCCGCGGACAAGGGACCCAGGUGUAACGGCAGGGCCGACGAGCGGUUCGACGCGUGGCCGACUGUAUCGCGGCGGCAGCUGGAGAUGUGCCUGGCCGAGAUUCAGAUUGCGAGCGGAUGCAGCGGCAGACUGAUCGAGAGCGCGCAGGAUCUGGCGCUGACGGUGUGCCAGUACACCAAGUCCGUCUCGGAGAUACCGCACAAGUUGCGGAAGAGGGAGAAUCUGGAGGGCAAGUUCAGCUGGUACGUCACGGGGGACAACAGGAACACCGUGCGCGUGGACAGGGACGGCAACGGGCUGAGGAGGCUCUGGCAGCAGCAGCUCUGCCAGUUUAACUUGAGCAGCUUGGAAACGGCGGAAGCGAUAUGCGCGGUCUAUCCCAGCCCGGUGCGACUCGUCGAGGCCUACAGAAAUUGCACACCCGACGAAGGCAUGAAUUUAUUAAAAGAUAUACCAAUAAGAAGAGCAGCGGGACCUCUUACAACUACACGUAAAAUUGGUCCUGAAUUAAGCAAAAAGGUGUACGUGAUGUUUACGUCGCAAAACGGGGACGCUUUAUUGGGGUCUCAGGCAUAAAUAACUGCAAGUCUUUAUAGGAACUUCACCUAUGUUUAAUUUUCGUUUCUAAUCCUUUGUGCCGAGUUCGCCAAUACAAAUGCAUUAUGUCAUGUAACAAUUGCGUAAUACUAGAACGUUACUUAUGAUAUUUUAAUUUGUUCCGUUUUGUUAAUACAGACCGAAAGGAUUUAAACUUUUCAACGAUGCCUUUGCUGUUUCGAAAGAUCAGAUUAUCUAGUCGAUUUAAAAUAAAAGUUAUUUAAGAUUAAAUAACAAAUUAAUACAAUGUCGUAAACAGUUUUUACAAGAAAUUGGCGUUCUAAGAAAAUAAUUCAACACAAAAUAACACAAUGUAAAAUAACUAUCACUGCUUUAUCAUUAUAUAUAUAUUAUUGUAAAAACUGUUUAGGCAUCUCCGAAAUAUGUCUGAGAAAGAACGAGAAAUAAUGCAAAAAUGCAUUGUAUUAAUUUGUUACUUAAUCUUAAAUCUUUUAAUUAUUAAAUAUUUAAUUAAAUUAACUAUUAUUUCAUCAUUCUCAUUCUUCGGCCAAUUUUAAUUCAGCAGCGAUAUAUACAUGUAAAGCCACUAGCUGUACAUAUAAAAAAUCGUACAGUAUUAUCAGAUGUUAUAUCAGAUACAUUUGCAUAAUUAAAUAACGUUCUAUUGUUUUGUU